AUGUCUGACACCAACGGAGAUGUUGUCAUGGGUGAUAUGGAGUAUGAUGGCCGAGUCAUUCUAUACAUCAUCAAAGCCGAUCAAACCUCCUAUAUCAACUAUAUCAAGCCUCUUAUUAUGGCCGAGGAGUUAAAAUUCCCUCACGUCCUCUCCGUCAUCGACACUCGUGACGAAUGGUUCUACAGCGUGCACCCAGAGAGAAUGGUCCCCUGUCUCAAGGACCAAGAUCCAGUCACCAAGGAGAAGGUCAUUGUCUUUGAAAGCACCGCCUGUCUGCAAUAUUUAACCGAUCGUUUUGACACGGACGGUUCUUGGACUGGCCGAACUGCAGCUGAAAAGGGGGCCGUCUUCUCUUGGACAGCUUAUCAGACCGCUGCUCUGGGGCCCACAGCCAAAUACUGGCUUUAUUUCAAGCGAGGAUAUCCCACCAGGGCCAACCCAGUUGAACUUCCUCGCACUAUUGAAAAGAUGCAUGCGAAUACACUCCGACAAUGGGAUAUCUUGGAGAAGAGAUUGCAAGAGCCGGGUCAGGACUACAUCGCGCUGAAAGACCGACCAACGGUGGCGGAUCUAUCGUACUUCCCAUUUGCGAUGCCGUGGAUGUUCACCUUCCUAGGCGUUGAUGUCAAGGACUGGCCGCAUAUUCAGCGCUGGGGUGAGCGGAUGUUGAGUAGACCUGCAGUGAAGCGAGUCCUGGAGCGGGCUCCCACCUUGGGACAUUAG